AUGAGCAGUGGAAAGAGAAAACUCUCAUUUUUGGGCUUUGCCCCCCAGGGCGAAGGCGAGGGCGAGGACGAGUUGCGGCUGGACGAGGAGAUGGAUCGCGUGGUGUGGGGCGAAGGUGGGCCUCCGCCUCGGUUGCAAGCCUCCGGUGAACCGCUUCGGGACUCCGCCGCGCCGGUACCACAUCGCCCGCCGCCGCCCUACGCACAACACACCACGCAAGAUGGUGGAAGUCUAUCUAGUACAUCAGAAGUAUCACCAUUGAGCGCACCACAUUUAAGCUUAGGAUCAGACCCACAGAUGUCAGGAGGGUGGUCGGGAUCGGGAUCGGCGGGAAGUCCCCGGGACACUGAAGAUCGGCAUGUACAGUUCGACAGUGAACGACUCGAUCCUAGCGACGAUCAACUCGACGAGGCUAACAACGAGCGACGGAAACAGAGAAAUGCGAAACACCUACACCUACACAAAUCGCGUAAAUAUUCCUUGCAAGAUAACGGACGAAGUGGUGGUGCGGAGAAUGAAUCGCCGGCCGAUGCCUCAGGCGAGGAGCCACUACCGGAGCUGGACCGUGACGACUUGCGCAGCCACCGGAGUGACGAUCCAAGGGCACUACGACGACAUAAGAUACAGUCUAGGGGCUCAACGGUGCAUGUCGGGCGUAAGGAUGGCGGUGACAAAGUUGCGCACAUACUUCCCGACGCUACAUACAAAAAAAUGUACGACCACAGGCCGCAUGCGGUUUUUGUCCAACUCGACGAGCUUCUGGCGACAGAAGAUGGUGAUGCAGAAUGGAAAGAGACAGCGCGUUGGAUCAAAUACGAGGAGGAUGUUGAAGAAGGCUCGGCACGAUGGGGUCGGCCUCAUGUUGCCUCGCUCUCUUUCCACUCACUGCUGAACCUGCGGCGAUGCCUCGAGACCGGUGUAGUGCUUCUCGACCUAGACGAAAAGGACCUGCCUGGGGUAGCCUACAGGGUGGUUGAAAGCAUGGUUGCAGAAGGCCUGAUAGAGGAAGAUGACAAGCCAGUUGUUAUGAGAUCUCUGCUGCUCCGACACAGGCACGUUCACGAUGAAAGGUUUAGAUUCUCGAUUGGUGGGCGUAAACAAUCCUCCUAUACUAGCCUUCAGUCGCUGUGGAUGGAAGAAUCGGGCGCGGGCCCUGGCGCGGCAAACGGUGCGCGCACACGCUGCUCCCUGUGCUCCGCAGCCGGAGCCUGUCGCCGGCACAGCGCCCACCUGCUCAGCCUGUCAGAUCCAAAACGACGCCGAAGCUCUUACGCAUUGCCACAUGACCGCGUGGAAGCGCGCAAGAAAACAUCAGCGCCGGGACUCGAACUGCGUGAAGUGGAGUACGUGUCUGGUGUCGCAGCCGGCUCUCAAGACGAGUUGCGACGUGGACAUAACGACUCCAUCAUGAAACGGAUUCCGGGCGGCGCCGAAGCCACUACUGUACUCGUCGGUGCCGUGGGCUUCCUCGAUCAACCUACCAUCGCAUUCGUAAGACUUGCACAAGGAAUUCUGAUGCCUUCCAUAACCGAGGUGCCUGUGCCCGUACGCUUCAUGUUCAUUCUCUUGGGACCCACAGCUGCCGAUUUAGACUAUCAUGAAGUGGGUCGAUCUAUUUCGACUCUCAUGUCAAACCCUUCGUUCCACUCUAUCGCGUACAAGGCUGACGAUCGACGGGAGCUUCUAUCGGCUAUCAAUGAAUUUCUGGAUGAUUCUAUUGUGUUGCCGCCUGGUGACUGGGAGCGACAAGCACUAUUACCCUUUGAGGAGCUCCGCGCUAAAAGUGAAAUGAUUCGGCGUCGUAAACGUGAUGCACUGGAACGUAAGCGAGCUGCUGCUAAAGCGGCGGCACCGCCCUCUGAUGAGAAGAAAGCACUACUAGCAGCUGAAGCUGGCGGGCCACCUGCGAAAGAACCUGAAGAUCCCCUCACUAAAACUGGUCGUGUCUUUGGGGGUGUAAUACGAGACAUUAAGAGGCGAUAUCCACAUUACUUAUCGGACUUCGGAGACGCGUUAAAUGGGCAAUGCGCAGCCGCAACCAUAUUCAUGUACUUCGCAGCCCUCUCAUCUGCCAUCACAUUUGGGGGUCUACUUGCCGACAAAACCUAUGGAAAUAUCGGUAUUUCGGAAACACUCGUUUUCACAUGUGUGGGUGGUGUUGUAUUCGCGUUGCUGGCCGGUCAACCGAUGAUGAUAACUGGUGCCACUGGGCCUUUGCUGCUUCUUGACGAGUCGCUCGCUAACUUCUGCAGAAUGUAUGGAUUUGACUUUUUGGCUGCGCGCAUGUACUGUGGUAUCUGGAUGAUAGUAAUUGCGCUCUGCGUAGCCUCCGUAGAGGGUAGCGUUGCGGUUAAGAAGAUAACCAGGUUUACAGAAGACAUAUUCGCGUUCCUGAUAUCGUUGAUCUUUAUCUCGGAGCCGGUUACUAACCUUAUAGCUCUAUACCGGGCACAUCCUCUCGGAUAUGACUACUGUCAACGUCAAGCGAUAUCUAAUACAACAGACGCUCCGAUGAUUUCAAACGACACACCUAUAGGCAACGAGACUGCCACAACAUUGCCAUCGCCGCCGCUGCACAUAGUUACGCCUCCUCAGCCAAAUACUGCUCUCUUCUGCACGAUGCUGACCCUGGCAACCUUCAUCAUAGCUUACUAUCUUCGAAUCUUCCGCAAUGGAAAGUUCCUCGGACGCAGUGCUCGACGGGCGCUAGGAGAUUUCGGUGUUCCCAUCGCGAUUGUUCUUAUGGUUGGGGUAUCGGUUCUGGUGCCCGUGUGGACGGAGAAGCUACAGGUGCCAGAUGGACUUAGUCCCACCGCGCCACGGUCCUGGCUUGUACCACUCAACUCUGGCCUGGAGACGAUUCCCACGUGGGCCACCUUCGCUAUGGCACUGCCGGCGCUCAUGGUUUACAUUAUUGUCUUCAUGGAGACGCAUAUCGCUGAGCUGAUAAUCGACAAGCCGGAGCGGCGCCUGAAGAAAGGCAGUGGUUUCCACAUGGACAUCGUGAUCAUGUCGGUGGUAAACGCGGUGUGCGGCUUGUUCGGCGCGCCGUGGCAGUGCGUGGCCACCGUGCGCUCCGUGAGCCACGUGUCCGCACUCACCGUCAUGUCCACCACGCACGCGCCCGGUGAAAAGCCAUUCAUCGUGCAAGUCAAAGAACAAAGGCUCACCGGGCUGCUAGUCGCCGUACUGGUGGGGAUAUCUGUACUGGCGGCGAGCUGGCUGCGAUUGGUACCUAUGGCCGUGCUGUUUGGUGUCUUCUUGUACAUGGGCAUCUCUGCUCUCGGCGGCAUACAGUUCUGGGAUAGGUGCAUAUUGUUGCUGAAACCGGUCAAACAUCAUCCGCAAGUGCCCUACGUCAGACGGGUACCGACGUUGAAAAUGCACCUGUUCACACUGAUACAACUUGCGGGCAUCUGCGUAUUGUAUGCGGUGAAGUCUUCCCGCUUCUCGCUCGCAUUGCCAUUCUUCCUGGUGCUCAUGGUGCCGCUACGAAUGGCCUUAAUAUAUAUAUUCACGCCCCUGCAACUACGAGCGUUGGACGGCGCCCAGAAAGACAUCGACAAGGAUGACGAGCCAGACUUCUACGAGGAAGCGCCGCUCCCGGGAUAG